UGUUUUCUUGGUUCUUCACUCUCUGGUAUCUGUUUCUUCAUAGGCACUCCUUGUUCGGUAUCCUCAGGUUCUUUAGUUUUAGUUUCGGCUUUGGUUUUCAAGGGUUUUUUACCUUGAGGAGAUGGGCUUCUAUCUUGGAUCUCCUUAUGCCAAUUAAUAGUUGAUUUUUUGAGAGGAGAAAGAUGAGGAGCUUGUGAAGGUUUUGGAUUCCUCCAGGCGGAGUUGCAAAGAUGUGAGACCCAUUGGAGUUUGAAUCGGAUUCCAUUGUUGUUUUGGGGAGAGAUGGAGGUACCAAGAGCGGCGUGAGGCUUUUCCCGCCAAAUGAUGUGCACAAAGAUGGAAUCCACUUUCAAGCCUCACGUAGCUCUUCUAAUCGUUUUGGUCCAAAACUUGAAAUGGUUCCGAAGCAAAUCCAUUUCACAGACACAAAGGCAACAGAUGGAGAUGUGUUUGCAGGAUCAAUUUUUCUCACUUCCCACCUUUUGAGUUCUCUCCCUUUCCCUGCCUUCUUCACCAAAAAGGACACGCCUAUGAAGAACGAUUUGGCGACAAAUGAUCUGUAAAGACUUCUGCAAUGGGUUGCUGCUUCACACCACCCUUUAUUCUUCUUUUUGAUUCACCAGAGUGGAGUUUUUGGGUUUGAAAGGGUAUCUAACGGUCGAAUCCAUCACUAGAGCGGCUAGAGAGAGAGAGAGAGAUGAGAAAAAGAAAAGAGGAAGAAAGAUCAUUAAUCCGAAUUUCGGAAGAAGAGGAAGACGAAGAAGUAGGGCAUGACACGGGGAAGGAAGGGAAAGGAGGUGGGUUCUUUGCGUGCUAUCUUCUCUGCUCCUUGAGCCCUAGGCAUAAAGGCCAGACCUAUAUCGGAUUCACCAUAAAUCCUCGACGUCGAAUAAGGCAACAUAAUGGCGAAAUAACUUCUGGUGCAUGGAGAACAAAGAGAAUGCGCCCUUGGGAAAUGAUAUUAUGCAUAUAUGGUUUCCCAACAAAUGUCUCUGCACUUCAGUUUGAAUGGGCUUGGCAGCACCCAAAAGAGUCCUUGGCAGUAAGGAAUGCAGCUGCAAGUUUCAAGUCCCUCUCUGGGGUUGCCAAUAAGAUCAAACUUGCUUACACAAUGCUUACACUUCCAGCCUGGCAGAGCUUGAACCUCACAGUGAACUUUUUCUCGACCAAGUACACAAAAUAUUCUGCUGGCUGCCCAAGAUUGCCAGAGCACAUGAAGGUCCAAGUUUGUCCCAUGGAUGAACUUCCCCACUACAUCGGAGGUGGACAGGCUUUAGAUGAAAGCAAACACAUUGAUGGAGACAAAAGUGAAGACGAUAAAAAUUUUAAUGGUGGAGACCAAGUUAAGGAGGCUUUGCAUGUUAAACCAGUUUAUAAUAGUGGUGACAAGACUACUGGUGACAAAUCUGAACAUACUGAAGAUGAUGGUUUUUGUCUGCUAAAAGAUCCUCAAAAUCGAGAAGGGGAAGAUGACAGAAUGCCUGUUUGUAUUGUCGGUUCCCUGGCGAGUCCAUCGGAAGCAGUAGAAAUAAUUGAAGAUAGAAAUCCCUUGAGAAUAUCUUCUUCAAGUAUAAUCAGCCCCCUGGACACAGAAGAAAUGAUGGAAGGUAGAAAUCCCUUCAGCUUGAAUGAAGAGAGUAAUAAUUCAGGUAAAUCAGACAAGCACCUUCAAACUCCAAAUGCUGCUGAUGAUGAUCAAGCGCCAUCAGCCAAGAGAUCUCUUUACUCUCCUGAAGUGGAGAUAAUAAAUCUGUUGAGUCCCUCGCCUGAUUGUGUAACUUAUUUCUAUCGUAAGAAGAAGAGGGCUUCUUGUCCUCAGAUUAUUGACUUGACAAAGUCACCGACUUUCAUCCAACUAUAGUACGUUGCAUAUGUAAACCUACAAAAAAAGCAAAUACAUUGCAUUUGUAUGAAUAAUGUUUACUAUAUUGUAGACUGUCUUAUUGUGAUUCCCCGCUUCAAUAGAAAAGAAAUAAAUCAGCUUUCUCAUCUGAAUGCA